AGGAUCUAUAGAUGAUUUGCAUUUUGUAUUUACUCAGGUGGAGUUCUAAGGUCCAGAUUUGCUUUGGAGUUUGAUUUCAGCUGACUGAUGCUGAAAUGGGUUGCGGGAAGCCAAAUAAAGAACGUGGCUUCACUGGGAGGUAAAAUAUGUACUGCGAGUCCAAUAUCAGAUUUGAAUUCUCUGUGGAUAUCAUCAGGGGCGACCUUCACUAUCCUCAAGCAGGGCAAGAUAUCGAAGCUUGUGAAGGCAGCCGAGUUCUUCAAAGGGUACCGUCAGGUGGACUUGAAGACUAGAGAAAUACUCGCACUCGUGUUCUUGCCCUGGUCCAAACGGUACGAGUAUGUGAAGGAUUUCAAGCAAACUCAUCGUCGAGAUGAUGAUAUUGCUCUCGUGAAUGCAGCUAUGCGGAUCUCUUUAGAGCCCAAAGGAGAGGCUGGAGCACGAAGAAAAUCAUGUGCACGACUUACACAUCAGCAGUGGCUCCAUAUCACAAUAAAAUGCCGCAUGGCAUGCAGGUGUAUGGGGCAUCAACCUCGGAUAGUAGUGUCGUUCAACCGCUGGAUGCAAACUAUUGUGCACCGAGUAGUGAAUGCAUGCUUGGCUAUUCUUUACUCUAUGGAGGGAAUGCACGUGGUGACAUUCGAAGGCCUCGGUGAUCGACGUCGUGGUUUACAUUCUGUCCAGGAGGCGUUAGCUACCCGUCAUGGAUCUCAAUGUGGAUUUUGUACACCAGGGUUUGUCAUGUCAAUGUAUUCGCUCUUGCGGGCAACCAAGGAUGCUUCCACCACUGAAGAAAUUGAAGAGGCCCUUGCAGGAAAUUUGUGCCGAUGUACAGAUUAUCGGCCAAUUCUAGAUGCGUUUUGUGUUUUCGCCAAGACUGAUCUGGAGCCGUAUAUUGAUGAAUCUUUCGCGGCAAGCAAUGGUUUCGGCAAGCCAUGCGAUUGCAAGAGCCAGAACGGUGCUAUGGCAAAUGAUAUUCAUCAGGAUUUGGAAGCCGGUGCAGAAGCAAAAGGUGCUCAUAGUCACUAG